GUCACAUAAUUCUCUGUUGUAAAUUCUCUGUUGUAAUUUAAGUGUUUACUCUUAAUGUAACUGGUACGGAUGAUCCUAUGAGUUCUUAUCACACUGUUUGUAAUGGCAUAGAUUGAAGAGUUAGAGGGAUUGGAAACAAUUAAAGGUACCCUCGAAUAACAUCCGCGCUAUGCUGCGGUUUAAUCGAGGCUGUCUCAUGUACCUAUUUCUACACACAGUGUAUAAUAAAUUACAAGUAUCUGUGCUCAGUCCGUGCAACUCACUUAUAUUUCAACAUCUAUACUCAUUGUAGUAGUUAUAACCAGCACGCUUACAUGUUAUAGCAAUAAAACUCCGUCUCUUACUACAGUUUAACCUCGAUUAUCCGGACACCUUUGGUUCCAGAGGCAGGCCAGAUAACUGAUAAUCGAAUAGAUAACCACGCCUUGAUCCACCCACUUUAUUGAUAACAGCAGUGCCACAUAGUUGUCUGCGCAUGCGCAGAAGAUAAGCAGGCCUGUCUCCAUAGUAACAGCUGCACCGCGCAUGCGCAUUUAAGGGACACGCCCAUUUUCUGAAUUAUUAAAAAGAAAAUUGCCAAGCCAAGGUUGUACUGUACUGGGUGUGGUCAGUCAUUAGCAAGUACUACACGUGGCUCACGGACUAGGCGUGUCUUUCAUGUCGGAAAGAGAUGAUGUCUCGAGGAAACACAACUUUCUUAUUUGAGGGAGUUACCUGGUAAAAUAGCCUCGUUCAUAGGGCGUAGCGCCGAUAGUUUUCGAGGCUCCGUUGCAGAUUCAAUGUAAAAGUAUCAAUGCAAAAGUAUCACGUGCACCACUCCGUUAUCAAUCCCUCUAACUCUUCAAUCUAUGGUCAUGGCUAGGGAAGUUUAUUUAUGGCUCCUGUUGUAUCGAGCCCAAAGCCAUAUUAGUUCAAAUUCUGAGGUUGUGAACCACAAACUAAAAUGGCAAAGAAUGUUGAAACUAUCGAGUCUAGCUAUGGUGUUAGUAGCAGGGAAGAACAAGACACAGAGUUUGAUUUCCUGGAACAACCAAACCCAGAUUUCUUCUGCCCUGUUGCCAUGGAACUAUUAGUGGAACCUCUGCAAACCACUUGCUGUGGUAAUCAUUUAUCUUUAGCUGUAGUCAACAGGAUCUUUAAAGAGGGGAAACCGUGCCCACUGUGUAUGAACGAAACGUUUGCUCUGAAUGAUGACAAGUACUUCAAACGAAAAGUAAAGGAAUUGAAAGUCCAUUGCUCCCAUAAGAAAUGUGGGUGUGAGUGGAUCGGGGAAUUGGGGGACCUGAACCACCACACCACCUCCUGUCCAAAACGUCCCUGGAAGUGCCAAUACUGUGACUUCGAAUCAAUCUAUGAGACCGGACCAAAUAACCACACCCCCAACUGUGCCAACUACCCCUUGCCUUGUCCCAACCAGUGUGAGAUUGGCACCAUCUCUCGCUGUGAUAUUGAGAAACACCUGAUGGACUGCCCUUUGCAACUUGUGGAAUGUGAGUUUUUCGAUACUGGGUGUGAGAUGAAGGUCCCUCGGAGAGAUCUGGCCAAACACAUGACAGAGAAUGCCCAACACCACCUCAUGACAGCCACCCUCCUCAACCUGAGACUCACGAGAGAGUUACACCAGAAAAUGGAAGAGAAAGACAAACAAAUAAGCAGUAUUCAGGAACAUGUUAUUAAAUUAGACAGUCAACUGCAACAUUCUGAAACUUUGCUACUCAAAACAUCCAACAAAGUCCAUGGAAUUGAGCAGCACCUGGCAAAAUUGGAUACCAAAUUGAGCGGCCAACUGACUAGACUCCAUUGUCAGGUUGAGGACACAGUUCGUUUGAAUGGCUUCACCUAUGAUUCUUUCAAUCUUACGGACUUCAAGAAACAGCAAGCCAAAGGAGUGACUGGCUGUUGGCUAAGCGAACCAUUCUACAGCUUUCCCCUGGGCUACGUCUUCAAGCUAGGUAUAGAUACCAAUGGCUGUCGUGAAGGAGCUGGAACUCACCUCUCAGCAUGUCUAUGGCUUGGGCCAGGGGAACAUGACAAAGAGUUGAAGUGGCCAAUCAAAUGUGACGUACAUCUUCUGAUGCUCAACCAACGAAGAGAUCAUGGCCAUCAUAGAGUUAUGGGUACAGUAGUGUACAGCAGACCAUCUGUCAUUUACGAGCACAAAGUGAUCGGAGCCUCGUACAAGUUUUUCCCAACUUCUAAGCUAGGCUACGAUUCCGAUACAGAUACAACGUACCUUUUUAACGAUAUCUUGCGUUUUCGUAUGUACCUUCGAGUGAGAUCAUGAUUAAUUUUUAUGUUAGUUCAUGAUAUAGUUUACCGUACUGAGUGCAAGUCACUUUUUCUGUGCUAGUAGCCACCUCAGUUCAAGUCAUGGGGUUGUUGUAUGUUAUUUCUUCACAUUAAUUGUUGUCCUUUGGUAUGAAUGAAUUUUUCGAUAUUAUCAA